AUGGGCGAGGAAGCCAAGAAAACAUUACCGAGAACUGAUAAAACUUUGCCAGAAGCUGAGGGAAGUAUAUCAUCUUCAGAUAAAAAAGCAAAUGUUAGUAAACCACCCUCAUCUCGGCCUCCAAUUAAUACCACCUUACCCGAUGAUCCAGAAGAAAAAUGA